CUAGCCUCUUCACCAACACAAUCAGCUGAGCUUUGCCAGCCUUACUCAAGCUCCAUCCGUGCCUCGGGAAGAAAAAAAGGUUUGCCUGCAGUGUGAGCUAGUGGCUAUUACUGCUGCUGUUACUCCACAUCCAGACCUCCCCCAACCCGUCUCCCCCUCCGCCAGCGCUGGGCAGCCACAGAAGCGUUGGCCCAAUUCCAGGGAGGCUCCGAUCCUGCAGCCACGUCAAUCACGUCUUCACCGCUGGCUGCGGGGCGGCCCUCGUGGCCAGGAUGCCACUGUGUGCCGUGCCAGUCCACAGUGGACGGUGAGGGCCAGGAGGAGGGGACAGAGUGCAGGAGACUGAGAGGCGGCCCACACCAGACAGGAGAAAUGAACCUCUGCUGGAACGAGAUCAAACGAAAGUCACACAACAUCCGAGUGCGACUAGAGGCCUUCUCCGACAACAGCGGGAAGCUGCAGCUCUCUCUGCAGGAGAUCAUCGAAUGGCUGACAGCCAAGGACGAGGAGCUGUCAGAGCAGCUGCCCAUAGGAGGUGAUGUUGGGGCUGUGCAGCACCAGAGGGAGUUCCACCAGGCGUUCAUGGAGGAUGUGAAGUCUCGAGGGCCGUUCAUCUACUCAGUCUUGGAGUCAGCCCAGGCCUUUCUGGCUCAGCACCCCUUCCAGGAACCAGAGGAGACCCUGACCGAUGGAAAAGAGGUGUCUCCAAGUCGGAGGAUCUUAAAUGUGAGCCGCUCGGUGUGGAAGCAGGCAAACGUGGCCAGUGACCUGUGGGAAAAGCUGACAGCACGCUGUGUGGACCGCCACAGACACAUGGAGCGGACAUUAGAGCGUCUACUUCAGAUCCAGGCGGCGAUGGAGGAGCUGGCUGUGGCCUUGGAGCAGGCGGAGGGGGUGCGAGACGCCUGGGAGCCUGUGGGAGACCUCUUCAUCGACUCUCUGCAGGACCACAUAGACGCCACCAAGCUUUUUAAGGAGGAGCUGACGCAGGUGAAGGAGGGCAUGAAGCACGUCAAUGAUCUGGCCCACCAGCUGGCUAUCGCUGAUGUCCAUUUGUCGAUGGAGAACGCCCGCGCCCUAGAGCAUCUCAACAGCAGAUGGAAAGUGCUUCAG